AUGGCCGUCCUUCACCAAUAUAGUUACAUCUUUGCCCUGACCACUAUCUUCGCUUUUCUCGAUGCGUGGAACAUUGGCGCCAACGAUGUAGCCAACUCAUUUGCCACAUCCGUGUCAUCACGGUCGUUGACAUUGAAACAAGCCCUGGUGAUUGCCGCUUGUAUGGAAUUUUCUGGUUCUGUCGCUGUCGGUUCUCGAGUGGCAGACACUAUUCGUACCAAGAUAAUCGACCCGUUUCUGUACGAAGGUCAGCCGUCGGUGCUUCUCCUGACGAUGAUGUGCGCCAUUGUCGGAUCAUCAACUUUCUUGACCGUUGCCACUCGGUUUGGUCUUCCCGUCAGCACCACGCAUUCGAUCAUGGGAGGGCUCGUCGGAGCCGGAACGGCGUCGGUUGGAAUCCAUCAGAUCAACUGGGGCUGGACGGGGGUCUCGCAAGUCUUUGCAGCAUGGGCAAUUGCCCCUGGAAUUGCCGGUGUCUUCGGCGCGACCUUAUUCUUGAUCACCAAGUACUUUGUCAUGAUUCGCCAGCGUGCAGUCACCUAUGCGUUCUACUCGAUUCCCAUUUAUACCUUCUUCACAAUCGGAGCCUUGACAAUGCUUGUCGUCUGGAAGGGAAUUCAGUUAGAUGUCAACCUCAACGGCACUCAAGUUACCAUAUGUGUCUUGUCCGUCGCAGCAGGAGUAACAGCGCUACAGACGAUUUUUCUCCUGCCCUACCUGUGGCGGCGCAUCAUGGACGAAGACUGGCAGCUAAGAUGGUAUCUCAUCUGGAAAGGUCCAUUGCUUCUGAAACGUCCCAUACCACCACCACCUCCUCCUGGCAUCAAUCGCCUCAAUAUCAAAGAUUACUACCAGGGACAUCUCACUCUCGAAGAACUCGACUGUCUCCGUGCAUCCGAACAUCUCCUCCAGGCCAUUCAAUCUUCGCCAACAAUCUCCGACCUUGAAAAAAGCGAGGUCCACAUACGUCCAACGCCUCAACCUCCCGGUAUUCCUCCUCGGCCUUUGGGUCCUUGGAACAGCCUUCCAGUUCUUCUAUGGUGGUUUAAGCGCAUCGUCUUCCAUGGCGUUGAACAAGAUGUCAUUAAAAUGCAAAAGCGCAGCGCGGUCCUCAACUGGAAUAUUGAAGACAUGCACGCCCGGACAAACCGAUUCGACAACAGGGCCGAAUAUAUGUAUAGCGCACUUCAGGUUCUGACUGCUGCAUCUGCAUCAUUUAUUCAUGGCGCCAAUGAUGUUGCCAAUGCCAUUGCGCCGUUUACGUCGGCGUAUCUGAUAUGGCAGACUGGGAAAGUUGAGAAUAAAGUACACGUCCAGGAGUGGGUGCUAGCUUUCGGGGGUGCCGCCAUCGUCCUUGGCCUCAUGACUUACGGCUAUCAGGUCAUGCGAAACCUAGGAAAUCGCCUCACGCUCAUGUCUCCUUCUCGCGGAUUUUGCAUGGAAUUGGGCAGCGCAAUUACAGUGCUCAUCGCGACGAAGUUGGCCUUACCUGUUUCAACCACUCAAUGUAUCGCUGGCGCCGCCAUCGGUGUGGGCCUCGCAAAUGGCGACUGGCGCUGUAUCAAUCUGCGACUUGUAGCAUGGAUUUAUUUCGGAUGGUUUAUCACGGUACCUGUUACGGGCUUGAUCGCCGGUUGUUUAAUGGGCCUGAUUUUGAACGCCCCGAGGUGGUGA